AUGCGUAGACUACUAGUACAUUAUAUGGAUUGUACUUAAGUUGUUGAAUGUGCUUUGGUUAGCAUAGGCCUAGAAACGUGUUAUUUGAUGCCUGCAGUUAGUCAAGGGGCGAAGAACCAAUAUAAAGGGCAAGAGCAAGAUAUAGGACUUGUUGGUGACUGGUGUUUUGGAAGAAGAAGGUGAGCUGACGAGAUGGCAGACAUAAAAGCAACACCGCAGUCAACGACUGACAAAGUGCGGAGAGAAUCGAUUGUAACCCGGUUGGCUGCAGGUACAGCAGAGAGAGUCGGCACCGCGUCGCCCAAAGUUAACCAAGAUGAUGUCAGUGCAGCAAUAUCAACUGCCCUGGCUGACUGGUAUGCGAGGAAGUUGGAAUGGAUAUGCCCCCUAUCGUGGCGACCUGACAUCAAAAUCGUCACGGAAGAUAUCUUCCGAAAUUUCGCCAUGAUCCACAAGAAGAAAGCGUACCCAAUAGAACUUGAGGAUAUCUUUGCUCCUUCGAAGUUCUCCCGAGGAAAGGCACCAACGAGAGUUCUGUUGGAGGCCGACCCGGGGUUCGGCAAGUCGGAAAUAUGCUGCAAGCUUGCGUACGACUGGGGGAAAAGAAGUCAAUAUAUGGAGCAAUUCAAAAUGGUGUUUCUGCUCGAGACCAAGACAAUUUGCGGCAGAAAUAUCCAAGACGCCAUCUUGGGCGGAGGGCUACUUCCGGAGGAUUUUGAAUACACUCCAAGUCAGGUUUGGACCUGUAUUCAAAAGAAUCAAAAGCAAUGCUUGUUUAUUAUUGACGCGUACGAUCAGUUGGGCGAGGACACGACAGCAGACGAAGACGUUUUAAAGGUUUUCACCGGAAGUCGUCUGCGCGACUGUCACGUGAUGUUGACAUGUCGCACCAAUAUCCGACCUGAGUUACAAGAACACUGCGACAAAUACGUCAUCAUAAACGAAUACAAGGAAACAGAUAUUCGCAGAGUCAUAAUGAGUUAUUUUUUAGGUGACGAGGAAAGUGCAAGAGAACUGCUCACGCGCACAAAUCUCGUCAACGCGAGAUCUCGACAGCUGCUUUCAAUUCCCAUGAACGUUUUGUUGAUCUGCACCCUCUGGGAGGACGCACAGGCUGAUGACCAGGCCGGAGGGAAAUAUUUCCCGUCAACCGUCACGGAUUUGUUUACAGUUUUGUGCAAGUUGACGAUUAGGAAAUAUUGUGACGUGUCGAAUAUGAAGAUGGGGAGAGAUAUACCACAGUUAUGUCAAGAGGUGCUUGAGGCUCUAUGCCGGAAAGCGUACCAGACAGUCUCGAAAGGAGACGACGGCGAAUUCCCGGAGGAAGAACUAAGAAACGACUUCCCUCACCCGGACCAGUUUAGCCAGGUUGUGAAAAUGGGUCUCCUUGCCAAGAAGACACGCCUCGUUGAAGGUGCUACAGUCUCGUACUAUCACCUCGUCAACGAGAUGUGGCGAGAUUACCUAGCAGCAUUCUUUUUGUACAACCAAAUCAAAACAAGGCAACGACAACUAGAAGACGUGGAAACUGAAGUAUCAAAUCCGAAGUUUCGAGCCGUGAAGGAGUUUCUACUGGAGCUGAGACAAGAGAAAUCUGCCAUAUCAACAUCCAACAAAGACGAGUCGGUCUUUUCGAAUCUUUAUCAUUGGCUUGGGAAGAUUUAAACUUUCGGCACACCCAAAUUAGUAUCGGGUGCCAAAUCUGUCGUACUGGUGAAGCACGACCAUUAAUUGGCACCCAAAGGUUGGACAUGUUGGAACGCCGUAGAAAAUGUUGGCUCAACAAAGCAAUACGGAAGUUACGUACAGCGUGGCGCAAAAAAAACAAGGAGGCGUAUUUUCAACACCAUCAGACUGAAAGCACUUGUACAAGUGGAUGGAGAAUAUUUUAAGAUGAAUAGUGAGACUAAGACAUUGUGAUUCGGUCCAGUCUUAGGCCUAUAUGCUCCAGAGCUUAUUUUGUUAUGCGAAGUCGGGAGUCCAAAUAACUGACUUGGAACUGCUGUUGAAGAUUACUCCAAGCGAAAUUGACACUGGAGCAAAAACUAUUACAAUGUAGACCGAAAGGAAAUUUCAUGGUUCUUUGUUCAUCCAUCGAAAGAUUCACAACCUACUUGUAGUACUAGUAUAUUGGGUCGCAGGAUGGUGGAAGUGCGGCCGCCAGGUUUUUUGGCCACCCUAAUUAGUAACAGGUGCCAUCUGUCGUAUAGCCAAGUGAGGUACGACCAUUACUUGACACACUCUUGUACAAUAGGUUGAAACGCCAAAUACAGGACUGCUUAAAACGGUAGGGGUUGACAAUUGUCCCACACUGAAUCCGUCCAUUCUGAUUUUUGAAAUGUUUUUCUAGUAGGUAAUAUAACGUCAUCCUUAGAAAUUCAGGGGUUAAUGUUCACUUCUUCAGCCUUGAACACAAAAGUUUGUGUGCAGGGCAUAUAAAGAAGACAACAUUAACCCCCAAAUGCUAUAAGGCAAUCGUGCAUGUAGUUGUGCAUCCUAUCGUAAUUAGUGGUUUUGAAUAUACGCCGCCUCUCGAUAUUUUGUAUAGAAGGUAGGAGUAUGGAAAAAACCUGAUCUCAGGAUGGUAGUUGUGAUGACUUAGAAUUGAAUCAAUGAAGGGCUGGGGAUGACGCAUGUAUACAUUACGGCAGAUAUGGACCAAAGAAACUUUUAAUUUGAUAUUUUAUUGUCUCAAGUAAUGUUUUAGGCGAAUUGACUGAUUUAUCUGUUACCUUUUAGUUCAGUAUCAUCUCCAGCAUUAAAGGGUUGACCGCAGGUACCAUCAUUUUGGCUUUGAACUUGAAUGAUGAGAAUGAAUCGCGGUAUACUCGUGGUAGUUCCAGAUUCACAUGCAUUGCGUAUAGUGUAUAUCCAUACGCAUCUUUGACCUGGGGAGACAAUACCAACAUUGAAUAUUCAUAGGUUGGAGGUUCCAGACCUAUCAAUUAGACGCGAGUAUGUUUUUAACUGUCAAGUGCAUAUUCGGAGAGGUAUUGAAAAUAUAUUUGGUGUAGCAAGUCUACAGAUAUAAAUAAAUUAUUUGAUAAAAAAAUUAAAUUUGAAUUUUGAUAAUUUGGCAAUAGGGGACGGGUUUGAGAUUUUUCUGCCAGUUGGCUGAAAAGAGUGGAAAUAUCAACGGCUGUCCCAAUUUGUCGAUUAUCAAAAAAAUUCCGUGGUCAACUACCAGUACUUUUCACUAUUUACUUGCCCGACUGUCCGGAAUAUCAUAUCUAAAUUUCAGAUUCACAACCCCACGCAGUAUUUGAUGCGACGCGGUCAAACAUUGACAAUUCAACUGCUAAAACGCUCAAAAAAUCAAUGGUGAUCUUGUCUCGGAGACGAUGCUGUAUGAGGAAUUUUGGCCAGGUACUAGUCGGGUACAUCAAACGAAAUGAAAUAAAUUCUGAUCAGAUGUCAUUAUUGAAGGCGCAGAAAUAUUCUAAAAGCGGGCAAUUGGAUGGAAGAAAAUACAAUUUGUUGGCAAUUUUUCCUGAAUGAAGGAAUUAAGUGAGAUUCAGUAUCCCGUUGUUUCUGAUUGGCAUUGAUGUAAGCGGCAAGUUCCUGCUCGAGGUUUGUUCAUUUUCACAUGCAUUGCCCAGUGUAUUUUCAUACGAAACGUCACAAGGUUUUUGCAGUGCAUACAUGCAUCUCUCUAAACGUACACAUACGCGCAACAUCGACCUGCCAACGAGCGUGUGCUAGAAUACAGCUGAACACCGGUUAUAGAUAGCAGCUGGGGAAAGCAUGCUGUAGAUAAUCUGACGUAAUUUCUGGUCUAAAAGUGAGAUAUUUUGCUUCAUGAUGUGCUGGCACUUCAUCCUCGUGAUAUCAUCAACCUGAAUCAAGAGACCGUGUACACGUAUUGAAUGAGCCCAGAAUAUCUAAUGAAAGAAGUGGAAAUGCGUUUGUUCUACCGGUAAGGUAAUAUUUUUUGCUCACCAUAGGGGAGUCUAU